CGACUUUGUCAGCCACAUUUCGACAUUUGUCGUGUUCGUAGAUCAAUUCGCCGAAAGCUUGACUCAUCAACUCAGUGCCUUUCUUCCUAAUCAGAUGGGGAAGGAAUUGUACUUUUGGUCCCAAUCUGUAGGUGUUGCCAAGUUUGCCCUUGAACCCUGAUUUCCAUACAGACGACCCCCUUUUCAGUUGGUUUGUGUCAUCGUCGUCAUAUGGGUCAACGUCAACAUUUGAUCCUCUAGGUCUGUCGGCGUAGCUAUCCUUGCGAAACCCCUUCGCAAUGCUCAUUCGACGACCACCAGACAUUUUGAGUACGAAGUAAAGAACACGUUUUCUUGCGACUGAACCGUAGCCUACUCGCUCUUUGGAAACCAAUAUUUUGGUUGCCAGGUGUAAAUGUGGUGUGAUCAAGUUUCAGCAUUACCAACUGCCGUAGCACGCGCGCACUCGUUGUUAAGGGGCCCGUGCACUGAGAAUAUAAUUUACAGAACGUUGAAAAGAAUUCUGGCAAAAGAAAAACAAGCGUAUUUCUUAGUAUUCUUAGUAUAAAAGAUAAAAGCAUGUCUCAAAAAUACAAUCUGAAGCAAACCCACACACAACCCGGUUUAUAACGUUUCUUCCUAGUGUUUGAAGGAGCCAUAGCAACACUGUAGAUAGUGAUUGAAGCUCACUAACAGCCGAGUCAAACUUUUCCAAGCACAUUUAAUAUUCACUUGAACAUUAGUACUCCAUAUUAAACAAUGGAAUCUCGUGACCUUCGACCUUCUUUAAGUGAGCUUCAGGAGCGAAUACGUUCUUUAACUGAAGAAAAUGUCCAGCUCCGUGACAAAAACGAGCGCCUCUUUACCAAAUUGGGCUACUUUGAAAGCAGAUUAGGCCAUCUUGCAGGCUCCAAGACAGACCUGUCCUCCAAACUGGUUCAGAGUGAAGAGGAGAAACUGAAGAUAUCAAAGGAGCUUGUGGAGGUGCAGAUAAAAGGCAACAAGAUACGAGAGCAAUAUGAAGAGGAAACCUUUGAGUUGAAAAACAAGAUUCUGAACCAGGAGAGUGUGGUGAUGGAUCUGGAGCUGGAGAGAGACAAGCUUGGUAGGGAGCUCCAGUCCGCCACAGCUCGUCUUCAGCUGGCUGAGAAGACCAGCGGGGACCUUGCGGAGGAGUACGUGACCCUGAAGAGGAACCACCUGGCCCUGACUGAGGCCCAGGAGCGAGAAGUGGCCCAGAACGAGGAGCUGAGUGCUGAGCUGCUGGAGAUGGCCCAGGCUCAGGAUGCUCUUCGCAGGAAGCUAGAAGAACUGCAGCGAGAUCGGGCCUCCACUCAGGGUCUCUACGGGGAGGGGCAGGAGCAGGAUAGGGUGCGGGCGCUGGUCAGCCGCAUGUCACACAACAGAAUCAGGCCUGAGGACCUGGCUGUGAUGGACCAAGCACGUAAAAGCAUGGAAAAGAGUUUGCUCGGUAACCAGGAUGAGAUCAAAGACAUGCUGGAGAAGAUGAAGCAGGGCUACGAGGAGCAGCAGCGCAGGCUGGAAGAGAGAGUGGUGGCCAUGGGCAAGGAGCAGCAGGAGAACAAGAGAGGCAUUCGAAACACCCAGCAGAAACUGUCUGAACAGACUGCGACCCUCCUGAACUCCCAGAGCCAGCUGAAGGAGGUGGAGGAGGAGAACUCUAAGUUGCAGAUGCAGGUGAAGGAGCUGAACGAGGAGUACCGUGCCAGGCUGGUGCGCUACUUACAUGACCUGGCUGAGUACAUGGACGGCUUAGCGGAGGGAAAAGGGGGGAAGGGCCCCCCGGAGAGGGUGAAGAUGAGGGGCUUUGUGGACAGCAUGCUCCAGGAGGUGCGCUCCUCCUACAGGGCGAGAGAGGAGCAGCUGGCCUCCGCCGCUCGCUCUUACAAGAAGAGACUGCAGAGGACCUCCAAGACCCACCGAGCCCUGCUCAUCGCGUACAGGGUGCUGAGGGAGCAGGUGCUGGCCCAGCCAGAGAGCGGUCUGGACCCUGGCCUCCCUGAGGCCCACUUCAGCCUGCAGCCCAGUGAGCUGAGCGGGGAGACGGAGAGGGAGUUGCAGCACCUGCGCCAGGACAAGGCCUCGCUGGAGAGCCGGCUCAGAGAGGCCCAGCAGCAGAUGCCUUUUUUCACCAAACCAAUUCAGACGGUCAACUUUCAAGAUGCUGGGAAAUCUGGACCAAUUUCCGAUCUGGCCUGGGCAGACAUCAGGAAACAGCUACGAGAGAUUACCAACUCUACACAGGAGGCUCAUGAGAGAGAACGUGCUCAGCUGAUAACCAGGGCAACUGUUGCCGAGGAGCAGGUUUUGGAACUGCAAGAUUAUGUUGACAGACACCUGGGCAGGUACAAACAGGAAGUGACACGUCUGCGCAGACUGCAUGGGCUGGAGGAGGAACGCUCACAUAGCGCUGAGGCCCAUAGGCCACGCCCACAUGGCCGCUCCACCAGGAAUCCCAGCCAUGAAAUCUGAUCACCCUCUCUACCAUCAUCUAAAAUGGAUUAUUCAGAGUUGCAUUUAAAAGAUCUAGAAUAAUGUUUGUUAAAAUGUAAUGGGAUUAAUGACAAUUAAAAUUACAUCUAUAUUAUAUAUCAGAUAUUCAACCAAAUUGAACAUUUCAGUUCUGUCAAUAAUGGUUUAUGCAAAUGCAAAGUGGAACUGAAUUGCGAUUAGACACAGUGAUAUUAUAAUAGUGUACACAUUUAAUGAUAUAAAAAAAUAUAUAACAUACAACUGUAUGCCAUAUUCUAUAAAUAAUCG